AUGGAGGGCGGGAAACUCUUGGAUCCCCCAUCAGACACAAGCAGCACUCUGAAAAACCACAAAAGAACCCAUGAAUGCUCAGAGUGUGGGAAAUCCUUCGCUCGCCGGUCCCUCCUUUUGACCCACAGGAAGGUCCAUGUGGGAAGCGGAUCCAGUGAAGGUUUGGAGGGUGAAAAAUUUUUCUCUGGAAAAAACCCCAAAGAUCUUAGAAGCCCCCCCAAAUUAAAACCCUAUAAAUGUGAGGAAUGUGACUUAUGCUUUGGAAUAAAAUCUUACAAAUGCUUUGAGUGUGGAAAAUCUUUCACCCUGAGUUCAUCUCUUCGGAGUCAUGAGAAAACACACAGAGGGGAGAAAAAGGAAAAAUGCCUUGAAUGUGGGAAGUGUUUUACCUGGAAAUCAAGCCUGGUGCAACAUCAGAGACUUCACACCGGAGAGAGACCCUAUGAAUGUCUGGCAUACACAAGCAGCACUCUGAAAAACCAUGAAAGAACCCAUGAAUGCUCAGAGUGUGGGAAAUCCUUUGCUCGCCGGUCCCUCCUUCUGAACCACAGGAAGGUCCACAUGGGAAGCGGAUCCAGUGAAGGAUUGGAGGGAAUAAAAUCUUACAAAUGCUUUGAGUGUGGAAAAUCUUUCACCCUGAGUUCAUCUCUUCGGAGUCAUGAGAAAACACACAGAGGAGAGAAAAAUGAAAAGUGCCUUGAAUGUGGGAAGUGUUUUACCUGGAAAUCAAGCCUGGUGCAACAUCAGAGACUUCACACCGGAGAGAGACCCUAUGAAUGUCUGGCAUGUGAGAAACGAUUUAUGUUUUCUUAUGAACUUCAGAGACACCAGAAAUGCCUGGUGCAACAUCAGAGACUUCACACCGGAGAGAGACCCUAUGAAUGUCUGGCAUGUGAGAAACGAUUUAUGUUUUCUUAUGAACUUCAGAGACACCAGAAAUGGCACAAAAGAGAGCUAUCCUCUAAAUGUGGGGAAAGUUUUAUUUCGCCAGGAGAGCUUCAGCUUCACCAGAGAAUCCACACAGGGGAGAAACCAUACAAAUGUGGGGAGUGUGGGAAAUGCUUUUCCCUAAAACAAAGCCUUGGAAGGCAUCAGAGGCUCCACACAGGAGAGAAGCCGUACAGAUGCCUAGAAUGUGGAAAAUCUUUUGCUCGAAAGGAAGCCCUUUUGACACAUCAUAAAACCCACACAGGGGAGAAACCAUAUCCAUGCUUUGAAUGUGGAAGAUUUUAUCGUACUACAUCAAUCCUUAGAAAUCAUAUAAAAGUUCACACAGGGGAAAGAAACUACAAAUGUUUAGACUGUGGGAGAACAUUUGCUAAUCCAUUUUCCUUUAGAAGUCACAGCCGAAUCCAUACAGGAGAGAAACCUCACAAAUGCUCGGAGUGUGAUAAAUGUUUUUCUCAAAAAAAUACUCUUGUGAUACAUCAGCGAAUCCACACUGGAGAGAAGCCAUAUAAAUGUUUGGACUGUGGGAAAUGUUUUGCCCACUAUUCAACACUUUACAGGCACACCAGAACUCACACAGGACAGAAGCCUUACAAGUGUGCAGAGUGUGAGAAAACCUUUCAUUGUCCGUCUCAGCUCAAAAUGCAUCAGAAAGUCCACAGCAGAGAUAAAUCUUUUCAGUUGUGA